AUGGAGAAGCUAGUCUCAGAGGAGAUAGCCAAGAAAUGGCAACCUACCCGCAAGAAAAUUGCUCCUGAAAAGCAGCUGCGUUUCAGUGUAAGGCUGACAGAGAGUUCCUCCAGAUUCAAAGAUAUUGUGGUAAAGAAGCAAGAUGGCUUCACCCACAUUUUUUUAUCCACAAAAUCAUCGGAAAAUAACUCACUUAACCUAGAAGUGAUGAAAGAAGUUCAGAUUGCUCUGGCCAAAGCUGCUGCUGAUGACAGCAAGCUGGUAUUGCUCAGUGCCAUUGGCAGUGUCUUCUGUUUUGGCCUUGAUUUUGCUUCUUUUAUACACUGUCUCACCAGGAACAAGAAAAGAGAAAGCACUAAGAUGGCAGGAGCGGUCAAAAAAUUUGUGAAUACUUUCAUUCAGUUUAAGAAGCCUAUUAUUGCUGCCGUCAAUGGCCCAGCCAUGGGACUGGGAGCAUCUAUAUUGCCUCUUUGUGAUAUGGUUUGGACAAAUGAAAAGGCUUGGUUUCAAACACCCUAUGCCACCUUUGGACAGAGUCCAGAUGGCUGUUCCAGCUUUACAUUUCCCAAGAUUAUGGGAGAAGCUUCUGCAAAUGAAAUGUUACUCGGUGGGCGGAAGCUAACAGCACAGGAAGCAUGUGAUAAGGGCCUGGUCUCCCAGGUAUUUUGGCCACAGACCUUCAACCAAGAAGUCAUGAUUAGAAUCAAGGAGCUCGCCUCAUGUAAUACAGCUGUCCUGGAGGAGUCAAAAGCCUUACUGCGCUUUAACACUAAGUUGGAGUUGGAGCAGGUCAAUGAGAGGGAGUGCACAGUGCUGAAGAAAAUUUGGGGCUCUGCAGAGGGGAUAGAUGCCAUAUUAAAAUACUUGCAGAAGAAAGUGGAGUACUGA